AUGCGUUCCUUCGCCAUCCUCUCCGCCGCCGGCCUCGUCGCCGCCCAGACCACAAACAUUGUCAUCUCCCAGGGCAUCACCACCACCAUCGGCCUCCCCGUCUUCCCGGAGCCCACCGCCUCCGUGACCGUGACCGCCAGCGUCCCCGAGACGACCGUCACCGUCCCCGUCCCCUCCGAGUCCGACUCCGAGUCCGCCUCCGCCUCCGCGACCACCACCCUCACCGUCUCCGUCGGCACCGAGACCGUCACCGGCGGCGUGACCACCACCACCCUCGACGUGCCCCCCGUCUCCCUGCCCACCGUCUCCGACCCCGUCGUGACGCUGCCCACCUUCACCGCCCCCAUCAACACCACACUCCUCACCUCCACCGCCACCCAGACCUUCUACACCUCAACCCCCAACGCGACCACCACCGGCCCCGUCACCGUGCCCACCGCCGCCGCCGACAAGGUCUCCCUCAAGGGCUCCGCCGCCGGCCUCGUCGCCUUCGGCAUCGCCAGCCUCUUCCUCUUCUAG